AUGUUCACCAACCUUAUUCUUACGCUUGUGACAGCCCGUCUCGCGGUCGCGGUUCCUGCGCCACGAUAUGAUGUGCCACCGGACCCUCCAAAUGUGAACAUCUCUUUUCCCCCAACGAGUCUUGGUACGAAGUGCCCUGGAUACGUGGCAUCGAACAUCGUCAAAACGGACUCGUCCCUUACGGCAGACCUCACCCUCGCUGGCCCAGCUUGCACUCUGUACAGCGAGGACCUCACCAAUUUGAGAUUGUUGGUCGAGUAUCAAACCAAUGACCGGCUCCACGUCAAGAUUUACGAUGCCGACCUGAGCGUGUUCCAGGUCCAGGAAGAGAUUCUGCCGCGGCCUCCAAACAACAACGCCCAGUCGUCCAAUGCCGCGUUGCAAUUUGACCUCGUAGAAAAGCCAUUUUCUUUUACUGUCCGGCGAAAGGAGAAUAAUGAGACACUAUUUGACACCUCUAGCACACAGUUGAUAUUCGAGUCGCAGUAUGUGCGUUUGCGAACGAAGCUGCCAACAAAUCCAAAUCUGUAUGGGCUCGGAGAGCACAGCGAUCCGUUUCGACUCCCAACCCAAAAGUACCAGCGUGUCAUGUUCAACGCGGAGUCGCCGUUCAUUCCUCAUAACAGUAAUCUCUACGGUAGCCACCCUGUGUACUUCGAACACCGAGGAGACAAGGGCACGCAUGGAGUGUUUCUGCUCAAUUCGGACCCGAUGAACAUCAACAUCAACCGAACCGAUGACGGAGGACAGUAUCUUGAAUACAACACUAUUGGUGGAGUCAUUGAUUUGUAUUUUAUGGCCGGAAAAGGACCCGCAGAUGUCUCUAAGCAAUACGCCGACAUUGUGGGAUAUUCACCUAUGUAUCCAUACUGGACCUUUGGUUUUCACCAGUGCAAGUAUGGCUACUGGGAUGUUAACUACGUUGCUGAAGUCGUUGCCAACUACUCGACCGCCAAUAUCCCUUUGGAAGUUAUGUGGACUGAUAUUGACCAUAUGAACCUUCGCCAGGACUUCACUCUAGACCCAGAGCGCUUCCCGUUGCAGAAAAUGCGAGAGCUAGUAGCUACUCUACACAGCCGCGAUCAACGUUACGUUCUCAUCCAAGACCCCGGGAUCCACGCUAACAUGAGUUACGCUACUUAUGCUCGUGGUCUCGAUCGAGACGUUUUCUUGAAGAACGCUGACGGGUCUCCUUAUCUGGGUGUACAAUGGCCUGGCGUUGUAGCAUGGCCGGAUUGGUUUGCGCCAAAUACUAAGAGUUGGUGGACGGAUGAGAUUAUGCGGAUAUUCAAUCCAGAAACCGGGGUUGAUAUUGACGGUAUUUGGGUCGAUAUGAACGAGGCCUCUAACUUCUGUCAUGACCCGAAUUGCAAUCCUACACAGCUUGCAAUAGACGAAGGGGAUCCACCACCACCACAACAUUCUCCUCGUAACAAUACUGGUCGUCCGAUUCCCGGCUUUCCAGUUGAUUUCCAACCAACAACCACUGGAUCUCCUUCGAUCAAAGCACGAAAUUCGAAGCCACUGUACCCCAGGCAAACGGGGAAUGGUACGAUGAAAGGCCUCCCAAAUCGGGACUACUUCAACUUUGCAUACCACGUCAACAAUCACCGUGGCAAUCUCAGUGACUUUACCAUCUACCUCAACAACACGAACCGCGACGGCACAAAGCAAUACGACACGCAUAACUUCUACGGCCACAUGAUGUCUCACACCACGCACUCCAGCAUGCUCACCCGCCGCCCUUCGCUCCGUCCCUUCGUCCUUACGCGCUCUACAUUCGCUGGCUCUGGGCGCAAAGUCUCUCACUGGUUCGGUGACAAUGAAUCCUCAUGGGAGCACUACCGGACCUCAAUCCGUCAAAUGCUCGCCUUCGUCGCCAUGCACCAAAUGCCACUUGUGGGCUCCGACGUUUGUGGAUUCAACAAUGACGCUUCAGAAUAUAUGUGCGCACGCUGGGCCCUCCUCGGCGCUUUCCAACCGUUCUACCGCAACCACGCCGAAAUCUCUGCGCGCCCACAGGAAUUCUACCAAUGGCCUAAAACCAUUCUCGCUGCGCAAAAGGCCAUUUCUACGCGCUACAAGCUGCUGGACUACAUUUACACCGCUCUGUACCACCAAACCACCGACGGAACACCCAUGAUAAACCCUCUCUUCUUCCUGUAUCCAAACGACGCUAAUACAUUUAAUAUCCAACAUCAGUGGUUCUACGGCGACGCGAUACUCGUCUCGCCUGUCACAACCGACUUCUCAGAUUCUGUGACGUUUUAUCUGCCGCAGGAUACGUUUUAUGAUUUCUGGACUCAUGAGCAGGUUAAUGGUCAGGGCAUGAAUGUCACGAAGAGUAAUUUGACGGAACUCGAUAUCCCUGUACACAUCCGCGGAGGAACUAUAAUCCCCAUGCGUACAAACUCUGCAAAUACAACGAAGGCCCUCCGACGCCAGGAUUUCGUCGUGCUUGUCGCGCCUGGCGCUGAUGGGACGGCGAAGGGCAGGUUGUAUCUUGAUGAUGGAGAGAGUAUUCAACAGGAUGGUGUGUCGGAGAUUGAGUUUACUUGGGAUGGGAGGAAGUUUGCUGCGGCGGGGAAGUUUGGGUAUGGGGGGAUGAGUGGGGAGAGUUUGACUGUGGAGAAGGUGACGGUUUUGGGGCAGGAGAAGGCGGGGCAGAGAGGAGUGUUUGAUGCGGGGGAGAGGAGUGUUACGGUGCAGGGGCCGUGGAAGCUGGAGGGGGCUUUUGGGUUUGAGGUUUGA